AGGAAUUGAUUGACCAUACACCAGGGUGACUGUUGCUGAAGAUGUUUGGUUUGGGGAAAAUGUUACAAAGCUGCGGCAGCGGAUGCCGCCUGUUAUGGAAUGACCCAGUAAAGCAAGCCGAAGGGUACGGAACCGUGAGUAAGGAGGAUGGCGGAAUGGAGUCGGACGAUCCGUUCGAGUUUGAUGACGAGCCAGACUUAAUUUUCACUCAACCUUAUCCAAAGACAAUUUGGUCAGACUCGACUAUGCAUUCGCCAAUCGUGAAAAACGUCACAGUGUCCACAAACGGGACAGCGUCUACCUCCGCAAGUAGUAUGUUCAACUCGCCCAUCGUCAAAAAAUCGGUCCCUGUAGUCAAAGAUAUUUCACCAAGUGAUACCCGUGUUCACACUUCUUCGCAAAAACAAUCACCUGUCAUACAAAAUUCUAUCGAACGGCCGUCACCGCACGUUGGCGUUCACUCGUCGGUCUACACCAAGAAAUCCUCACCGGAAGUGACACGGAAAGCAAAGACGGACGAAUCGGUCAGUAUACAGAUGGUAUCGGUUGUGUGAUAAGACAGAGAAUGAAAAGGUAAAUUUACAGAUAUGCUGUAGAUCAUUUGGGUAUAGCACAGACUACAUCCGGUACAUCCAACAGAACUGGUAAUGCACAUUCGCUAUGAACAUCUGAGUGCAGCAAAUGCUUUAAUGGUGGAUUCGUCUCGUGAAAUAUGUGAAAUAUUCCAUAAUAUGACGUCAUUUCGUCACCAGAAUAUCUAUUUUACUGUCAUUUGAUCCAAUCACAUCGAAAUUGUACAAUUGUAUUUCCCACUGUGCUACAGUGUUACGUGCACACUGUGUACGGCCAAGGCAAUCUAGGCACAUAUUGAAAACGAGGUUGUAAUCUUAAGUGUCGUGUGCAGAUUAUACCCAGCCAGGCGGAUUUAUAAACAUUGGUGUCGUGUGCAGAUCAGACAUAUUGAAGACUAGGUUGUAGACAAAAUGGCAUACGCUGACACAGUAUAGGAGGUUAUAAUGUGUGAUAAGA